AUGCGGUUCAUUCUGACAAUAUUGUGCGGCCUCUUUGUUAUCUCUGCGCUUGGAGACCCGAUUAGAACAAAGAGAGAGCCUCCCAUAAGCUCGCAAUAUGGACCGCCGUUGAACGGUCACGGACCACCGUCGACGUCGUACGGAGUACCGUCCGACUCCUUCAGUCCGCCAUCCAAGUCUUACGGUGCGCCCUCCGACUCGUACGGUGCACCACCUGCACCCCCGUCGUCGUCUUACGGCGCGCCAUCGUCAUCGUACGGUGCACCAUCCGUGCCUUCGUCGUCCUACGGUGCACCAUCCGUGCCUUCGUCGUCCUACGGUGCACCAUCCGGGCCCUCUUCGUCUUACGGGGCACCAGCCGGUGAUCACGGAUCUUUCGGCGGUCACGGCGCGGGAUCUCAUGAUUUCGGAGGUGGCGGCGGCGGUGGUGGCGGUCAUCACGGAUCUUUCGGCGAUCACGGCGCGGGAUCUCACGAUUUCGGAGGUGGCGGCGGCGGCGGUGGCGGCGGCGGUGGCGGUGGUCACGGAUCUUACGGCGGCCACGGCGCGGGAUCUCACGAUUUCGGAGGUGGUGGCGGCGGUGGCGAUGGUCACGGAUCUUACGGCGGCCACGGCGCGGGAUCUCACGAUUUCGGAGGUGGCGGCGGCGGCGGUGGCGGUGAUCACGGAUCUUACGGUGGUCACGGCGCGGGAUCUCAUGAUUUCGGAGGUGGCGGCGGCGGAGGAUCCUACGACAGUGGUCACGGUUCCUUCGGCGGCGAUCACGGAUCUAUCGGAGGCGGUUCUCUCGGCGAUCAUCACGGAUCGAGUGGUUUCGGCAGUGGCGGCGAUUUCGGAUCGUCUUCCGGAUCUUACGGGGCGCCGCCUUCGGGAUCAUACGGACCUCCGGCGCAUGAUCAACCGAAAGGCGUGUGGAAGAAGAAACUGGUAUGGAAGCCCGAGUGGAAGCAAAUCUGGAAGACAGAGUCUAAGCUGAUUUGGAAGCAAGAGUGGAAGAAGGUGCAGGUGCCGGUUUGGAAGGACAUUCAAGUGCCUGCUUGGAAGGAGAUUAAAGUGCCAGUCUGGAAAAAGGUUCAAAAGCCCGUUUGGAAAGAGAUACAAGUACCAAUCUGGAAGGAGGUCCAAGUGCCGGCUUGGAAGAAGGUCUGGAAACCCGUAUGGAGAGAAAUACAGGUGCCGAUAUGGAAGGAGAUCCAGGUGCCCGACUGGAAGAAGAUUUGGGUACCGGAAUGGAUUAAGAUCGGUAUACCCGGUGAGCAAUACGUGGGAAAGGACCAUCAUGGCUGGCAAUAUACCAGUCACGAUCUCUGGAAGAAGAAACUGAUCUGGAAGCCGGUAUGGAAGAAGAUCUGGAGAACCGAGAAGAAACAGAUCUGGGUGAGCGAGAAGAAAUUAGAAUGGAAAGCCGAAUGGAAGCAAAUCUGGAAGACGGAGAAGAAGCAGGUCUGGGUGACGGACAAGAAAUUGAUCUGGAAGGAAGAAUCGGUGCAGGUAUGGGUGCCCCAGAAGAAGCAGAUCUGGGUCACGCAGAAGAAGCAGGUGUGGAAAGACGAGUGGAAGAGCAAGUGGGUUCCGGUUUGGAAAGACGUGCAGGUACCGGCUUGGAAAAAGAUCUGGAAGCCCGUCUGGGAGAAAGUUUGGGUGCCCAUUGAGUCCCAUCACGAUGAAGGUCAUCACGGCUACAAGUAAGAUCGUCGUCGUCGAGGGUCACGCUCGGCCGACUUCGAUUUUCCUCCUUUGUUCAUUUCGCGUCUCGCUCGAAGGUCCGAGAGACUGGUGGAAAAUUCUGUCGAAGAAUUCAAGAAGCGUGAGCUAUCAAGAAAGUUGCUCGGACCUUAUAGAUUUGUGAUAAUUGAUUGCCCACAAAUGGACACGCAUCCGGGGAGGAAAGUCUUGAAGUAAAGUCCAGCCGAUAGACGUAUGCUAGAAGGAGAGAAAGGCAUAUGGUUAACAGCUAGAAAGCAUCGCGACGGAUGAGAUACGCACCGGAGGAAUGAGCGAGGGAAUUUUUCAAUCGAUUAUCCUGGUGACAGCGCGUUUGCGUUAUAUUGUUGCGUAUCCUUCGACGGUUGACGAACCUUUUCCUUCGGAUUGCUCAAAGUGGCCGAAUAUUUCAUCGUCAAGAUGUCAUCGUGACGGAUACAGCGAUAUUAUCUGCGCGAAUAUUAUCUAGAUAGUAUUUCAAGAGAAGGCAAAAUCAAACAAGUUGUCACUAGAAAACUGUCCAUAAUGCUUGUGAAGGAAUAGUGUUACAGUCUGUAUGUCAUUUACGUUAGACGAAACGUUUAAUAUCUUAAAAUC